AUGGCUGAGUCCUAUACUGCAGAAGACCAGUUCAGCAUCCUGGAGUCACUUCUGCGCUCGGACGAGAUAAUUCGUCCUACUUCCCCGACUUACCAUUCGAGCAUUCAGACCUGGGCUGCCCAAAAACAACUGAAACCUCGCAUUGUACUCCGACCCACAUCUAUCGACUCCUUGAGUAAGACAAUCGCCCACCUCUAUUUCACAAAGUUGGACUUUGCUAUCUAUGGACAUGGUUUCAUGUCCGCAUCCGCAAAGGAUGUGCUGGUGAACAUGUCGGCGUUCGAUGGCUUUCACUUUGACAGACAUUCGGAACUCGCCACGAUCGGAGCUGGACAGACAUGGUCGGAUGUCUACCGGAAGCUGGGCGAUGUUGCACCAAAUUAUGGAAUCGUGGGAGCGCGUACCCCUUGCGUGGGCAUCGCAGGCACUAUCAUCACUGGUGGCGUUUCGUGGCUUUCCAGAGAGUACGGGUGUAUCUCAGACCCAGCGAACAUGCUAGAUGCGAAAGUUGUGAAAUACGAUGGCUCGGUUGUUUGGGCCUCUGGCGAGCCGGAUCUUCUGUGGGCACUCCGUGGUGGGGGAGGUGGCUUUGGGGGUAGGCAAUCCAAAAGGUUUCGAUGCGAUACUAAAUGUAUGGUUCCUAACACCCAAGGUGUAGUCCUCGUCGAGGUCGUGCUGCGAGUGUUCCCUUAUCCGCAGAAUAUCUGGGCUGGCCCAAUCCUGAUACCGAGGGAGCAGCUCGAGGUGGUUGCAAAUGGGAUGGCAAACUUUGUCAACCAGCCUCUCGACCCAAAGAUCACAAUGUUUUUGUACGUCGUAAGGAAGCGGCUGCUAGAGUCCAUUGGAGCCGCUUCAGAUAUGCUGGUACUUCAUGCCUUUGAUGCCUGCGGAGAAGCGCAUGGUCGGACCAACUUCCAAUGGGCAUUAAACAUUCCCGGAUCUAUUGAUCAAACCAAGGUUUACACCCUUGCAAGUACUGGUCAAUGGAUGCUAACUAUCAGACCAGACAAGGCACAUAUUGUCAAAGGCACCAUGAAGCAGUUCUGGUCGCCGUUGCUUCUGCAAGAAAUUUCAAAGGAGACCAUUAUCAAUGCUGUCCAGUGGUCUGAGAAUAUCGGAAAACUGGACGAGUCGCUCGGUGACUGCACUUAUCUCAUCUUCGAGCCGUUGAGUUCGCGCGACCCUGGCGGGGGAGUAUCGAGCUGCGCCUGGCCACGACCUCCAGGCACCAAGCAUAUCUUGCUCCUGGGGACUGGCUGCCCCUCUGAUGCGGGGCGUGAGCAGGAGAACCUUGCACGAGAACUCGCUAUCAAGGCAGGAUCCACAGUCUUGGGGGAAGACGCGGAUCUGAAUUACCUGCCUAAUGGUUUUGAAGUCUUCCAUGACGCGGAAAAGAUUUGGGGGCCCCAUUUCGCUAAGCUGCAAGCUUUGAGGAGACAGUAUGAUCCGAUGAGUAGAUUCAAAGCGGCAAUUAAUCCCUCUGAUGGAUAG